AUGGCUCAACCUGAAAGAGAUUUGAGUUUAGAUCCUUCUAGUCCUUAUUACCUGCAUCCGUCUGAUUUCACUGGGUUAAAACUUGUUUCGAAUGUGUUUGAUGGGUCUAGUUAUGGCAAUUGGAAGAGGUCAAUGAUAAUUGGUCUGACUGCUAAGAACAAAAUGGGUUUUGUUGAUGGUUCUUUGCCUAAGCCUAGUGUUGAUUCUACUGAUUUUAAGGCUUGGAAUAGAUGUAAUAGCAUGGUUAUAGGUUGGAUCAUUGCUGUGUUAGACCCUCAGAUUGCAGGCAGUAUAUUGUUUGUUGAUACUGCUAGGGAGAUAUGGUUGGAUUUAGAAGAGAGGUUUGGUCAUGCAUCUUCUGCACAGUUGUAUUCAUUGCAGCAAGAUAUUUCUAGCACAGAACAAGAUGAUUUGUCUAUUUCAGAAUAUUACAACAAGUUGAAGAAACUUUGGGAUGAAUUGGAUAAUUUGUCUCCUUUGCCUACUUGUUUGACUAACAAUUAUGCUAAUGUUAGGUCAAAUAUCUUAAUGAUGCCUAGUUUGCCUACUCUAGCUCAGGCUUAUAGGAUGGUUUUGCAAGAAGAAAGGCAUAGAGCUUUGAGUGCUGGAAAUCAGAAACCCUCAGACCCUGUUGCUUUUGCAGCUGAUAGAAGAAGGUUUGAUGAUAGAAACCAGAAUUAUAACAAGGGUUCUUAUGGCAGAGGAUACCAGGGCAAUAAUCAGUACAAUAAGAAUACUAGGACUAAGAGAGCAAUUAAUUACUAUUUUUGA